AUGAACGCUAGCGGCGAUUAUAAGAUCAGCAUUGAUAAGCUUGAAGGACCUGAGGACUGUGCCAAAUGGAAAUGGCAUAUUACUAUGGUGCUGCAGUUGCUGCAAGAUGCGAUAAGUGCACAAAAAGAGGCGUAUGUGGAAUGGCACAAGGACGACGCAAAGGCAGCAAGUCUUAUAGCAAGUGCGCUUAGUAAAUCUGUUGUAGAACUCGUCUUAAUGUGCAAGAAUGCUAAAGAAAUCUGGGACAAGUUACGCUCCCGAUUUGAACGUAGCAAUACUCAGCGUUUGAAUAUGUUGAUUGAAACAUUUUUCGGUGUUAAACGUGAUGAUACGGAAGAUAUUAGUGCACAUGUGGCCAAACUGCAAAAGUUAUUUGUGGACCUGACCGAUGAAUUAGCAAAACAUGAAGAAAAUACGCUAUAUGAAAGAAUCUUGUCUACACUGGGAAAAGACUACGACAAUUUUAAGGCUCUCUGGGAUACGAUACCGACAGAAAAGCAAAGCUUGAAUUUAUUAAUAGAAAAACUCUGUACUAUUGAACUGCGGGAACAAGACAUUAAUGGAAGCGCAGCUUUCGUCGUUUCUAAAACAAGAAAACGGCAAACAAGUAAUCAGCAAUUAAAACAGAAGUUUCCGUUAAUCACAGUGACCCAAAUAAAUGGUGUUGCGACAGUGGCACUACAAAUCAUAUCACUUCAAACAAACAGUAUUUUGUUUUUUUAUAGUGAAUUUGAUGCUCCUCAAGUAAUUUCAUUGGGAAAACAAGAUGUCAAAAUGUGUGCGUACGGCCAAGGAACAGCUUACGUCCAAAUUCGACGAAACAAUAAAUUGUACAAUGCUAGAAUGGACAAUGUUUUGCACAUCCCUGACGCAAGUGCUAAUCUGAUCUUUGUGAGAGCCAUUGCCUGCAGAGGCUACAGUAUUAAUUUUAGUUAUAAUAAUGUCUGUGUUCGAAAACAAGUCAAUGGCAAUGUUGUUAUGACAGGUUAUGUGAAAAAUGGACUUUAUUGUGUUGAACAUGCGUGUUGUUAG